AUGAUGCCUGAGCCCAGCAUCCUCCUCCAUCCCGGCGCCCUCAUUCGAUGUCCUCAUUUCUGGCCCUUCGCUGCGGAAGCCACAGGCCAGGCCGGUCUCCCGGCGGCUUCCCCACCCCCUAUGUCAGUCGCUCCCACGAACGAGCUACUCGGAAAGUUCCCCUCACUCUGGGGUCGGCCACCCGCCUCGGCUCGCCCGCCCGGAGGAGCCAGGCCCAGCCGUUGGCUGACAGGGGCGGGCAGACGGUGCACGCACCUGGUCGGCCGCUGGAGCUAUGGCGGCGGCGGCGGCGGCGGCGGGGUGGCCGUUCUCAGGGCCAGGUUCAAGGCCCAGCCUUCAGAUGGCGGCGGCCACACCCGCGACGCGGACCGCCCCCCCCAACCUGGUCCUGGCGGCUGCAGGGUUUCUGCGGCGAGAAGGCGGGUCGCAGCGGCCAGGGACUCCGGGCGCCCGCGCGCGGGCGGGGGAGCCAAGCGCCGCCUCCACGACGCCAGACGACGGCCUCGCUGCGACUCAGGCGACCCGAGGGCCGCGGGCUACCGGCUGUCACCUCACCUUCUGGAUCUGGCUCCACAGUGUCCUGAGCCCCUCGCAGUCUUGCUUCUUUAUUUGGAGUCCUUCGGCCAGAACGUCGCUCUCAGGCCUCGCGGGUGCCCACGGCCUUGGACCUCGGAGCCACGAGGGGGUCUGAAGAGCUCAGGUGACCGAAGGGCCUACCUGAGAUGUGACCUCAGUGGCCAAAGGGCUCACCCGAGCUGCCGUGUGCUCGCAGGAGUGCCCGGGCAGGUAGCGAAGGAAGUGGUUGAGGCGCUGAAAGGAAAAUGCUCAAGGUUUUGCUGUCUCAGCACCUGGGUGAGGGCAGAGUCUGGAAAGCCCGGGAUUAGGUGA